CCUGCAACUCUUGCAUCUGUGUGUGGGGGCGAGUGAUUGCCGGCCGGCCGACUCUUAUAUAUAACAAGAAAUAUAAAUCCGCUAGGUGAGAGCGAGCAAGGGCGUAACUCGGAUACGCUGCACGCAGCUGGGAGACAAAGCAGAGAGAAUCGAUCGAGAAGAUGGAGAUGGGUGCGAUGGAGGAGUGGACCUUCAGCUUCCUGGCCAUGGCCGUGGGAUUCGUGGUGGUGGUGUACUUGUACGAGCCCUACUGGAAGGUGCGGCACGUGCCGGGGCCCGUGCCGCUGCCGCUCGUCGGGCACCUCCACCUGCUGGCCAAGCACGGCCCGGGCGUCUUCGCCGCGCUGGCCAAGAAGCACGGCCCUGUCUUCAGGUUUCACGUGGGAAGGCAGCCGUUGAUCAUCGUGGCCGAUGCAGAGCUUUGCAAGGAGGUGGGCAUCAAGAAGUUCAAGAGCAUCCCCAAUCGAAGCUUGCCUUCGCCCAUCGCUAAUUCUCCGAUCCAUCUCAAAGGACUCUUCGCUACAAGGGAUUCGAGGUGGUCGGCGAUGCGGAACAUCAUCGUCUCCAUCUACCAGCAGUCGCACCUCGCGGGGCUGAUCCCGGCCAUGGAGUCGUGCAUCCAGCGCGCGGCGACGAACCUCGACGACGGCGAGGAGGUCGUCUUCUCCGACUUGGCGGUGAGCCUCGCCACCGACGUCAUCGGGCAGGCGGCGUUCGACGCGGACUUCGGCCUGUCGAGAAAGCUGGCGGCGCCUGGCGACGAUACGGAGGGAGUCGACGGCGGCGGAGCUGCGGCGAAGGCGUCGUCGGAGUUCAUAGACAUGCACAUCCACUCGACCACGUCGCUCAAGAUGGACCUGUCGGGGUCGCUCUCCACCAUCGUCGGCACGUUCGUGCCCUUCCUGCAGAAGCCGUUGCGGCAGGCGCUCCUGAGGGUCCCCGGCUCCGCCGACCGGGAGAUCACCCGCGUGAACGGCGAGCUCCGCAGGAUGAUGGACGGCAUCGUCGCCGCCCGCGUGGCGGCGAGGGAGCGCGCGCCGGCGUCGCAGCCGCACAAGGACUUCCUGUCCGUUCUGCUCGCGGCGAGGGAGGGCGACGCGUCCACGCGGGAGCUGCUCUCGCCGGACUACCUGAGCGCGUUGACCUACGAGCACCUCCUCGCUGGGUCGGCGACGACGGCGUUCACGCUGUCGUCGGUGGUCUACCUCGUCGCCGAGCACCCGGAGGUGGAGGACAAGCUGGUCAGGGAGAUCGACGCGUUCGGCCCUCGCGACCGCGUCCCCACGGCAGAGGAUCUUCAGACCAAGUUCCCAUACCUCGAUCAGGUGGUGAAGGAGUCGAUGAGGUUCUUCAUGGUGUCGCCAUUGGUGGCGCGAGAGACCUCCGAGCGGGUGGAGAUCGGUGGCUACGUCCUUCCAAAAGGUACAUGGGUGUGGAUGGCUCCUGGGGUCCUCGCCAAGGACCCCAUCAACUUCCCAGACCCAGAGUUGUUUCGGCCGGAGCGGUUCGACCCUACCGGCGACGAGCACAAGAGGCGGCACCCGUAUGCCUUCAUCCCCUUUGGAAUCGGCCCCAGGGUUUGCAUCGGCCAGAAGUUCGCCAUUCAAGAGAUCAAGCUCGCUGUGAUCCACCUCUAUCAGCGCUACGUGUUCCGGCACUCUCCCAGCAUGGAGUCGCCUCUGGAGUUUCAGUUUGGGAUUGUGGUCAACUUCAAGCAUGGUGUCAAGCUUCAGGUCAUCAAGAGGCACAAGAAUUACUAGAUCAAUUGCUAGUGGUUAUGUGAAUUUUGAUCUUUAUUUGGGUUUAUUACUCCGAGCAAAGGCGCAAAUGUACAUACAGCAUUUAAGAAGAUAAACACAAUAUAAAAUUUAGAAU